GGUUUGUGAUAUGGAAAUUCGGUAUAGACUGCUGAUUUUUAUUUUUAGUAUAAAAAGACGUGACAACCAGUGAGGGGUAUGUCAGUUAGCUCUUCACUUUUCAUUUGAACAGUGUGAAAUACCCUUCUCUAAGCUUUACAAUGAGUUUGCUUAAAGUUGCUGUUUUCGCCGCACUAGCGCUGUGUGCUAGCGCCGAGCCUAAACCAAACCCGGGAGUACUGGCCGCCCCAGUGGCAUACUCAGCUCCUUUGGUCCAGGCCCCAUUCUACGCUAGAGCAUUUGGUGCUCCACUCGCUUACACUGCUCCAGUUGCUGCUGCUUACGCCGCUCCAGUGGCCGCUGCUUACACUGCUCCAGUGGUUGCUAAGACCUUUGCCGCUCCAGUCGCUGCUGCUUACACUGCUCCAGUUGCCGCUGCCUACACUGCACCAGUCCUUGCUGCCCGUGCUGCCCCAGUAGUUGCCGCUGCUGCUCCAGUUGUCGCUGCUCGUGCUGCUCCACUUGUCGCUGCCGCUGCUCCAGUUGUUGCUGCCCGAGCUGCUCCAGUUGUCGCUGCCCCACUUCAGGCUGAGUUUACCGAUGCUUACCCACAGUACCAGUAUGCUUACAACGUUCAGGAUACCCUCACCGGUGACUCCAAGACCCAGGAAGAAACUCGCGAUGGAGAUGUUGUCAAGGGAUCUUACUCCCUGAUCGAACCUGAUGGCAGCCGUCGUAUCGUCAACUACUACGCUGACCCAAUCAACGGAUUCAACGCCGUUGUGCAGAAGGAUAUCCCAGUUGCCGUUGCUACCCCAGCCGUCGCUGUUGCAGCCAAGACCGUUGUAGCCCCAGCUGUUGCCGCCAAGAUCGUUGUUUAAGCAAAUAGCAAAUCUCCGUUCUAGCGAGGAUCAGGAUCUGUCUGAAUAUGCUGUGUAUAUAGGACCAAUUCCCGAGUGUAAAUAGUCAUUAGGACUCCACUGUCAUCAUUUGUUGUGCGACUUUAAGCAAUCACUCAUCUGUACAUAAUUUCCACUGUUGAAAACAUUGUUGCUGCUAGACAUGCACAUUGUACAGUUUCGUUUUAGGUAAUAAAAACAAAAUUGCAAUGAUUAUUUUAUAAAACAAA